GUUAGCUUGGUUAGCUUGGUUAGCAUGGUUAGCUUAGUUAGCAUGGUUAGCUUGUGAUGUGAGCUAAUCACUCCGGGUGGAAUAGAUCGGGAGAGUAUAAAUCUAAAUCUAGAGUGAACUCUGGUGUUAGUUGCUAACGGUUACAGACACCAUAACAGCGUUAAACAUGAACUCUGUGAAAUAACCAGAACGUUUAACUACAUAUAUAUAAUCUCUAACAACGGGCCGGGAUAUAGUUAUAAUAUAUUUAUAAUAUAAUAACAGGUGACGUGGAGCUGCUUCAUCUGGUUACAGGUCAGCUAACAGCAGCUAACCAGCUAGCUCUGCUGGUUAGCACACAGCUAACAAAGAGCCGUUGCUCCUCCUCGCUUUGUGUGCUUCAUGUUGGGUUUCUGAUGGAUGUGGUGUCAGUGUUAAGAAGGCGAUGAACUAGGUAGUGAAUCUGGACUGGAGCAUAUCCUGAGUGUCUGGCCUUCCUGCCUCUGCCUACCGAAGGAAGUUUGGUGCCUGUUGUGGGCUGUGCAUAUUUCUUCCUCACCAGUGAUUCCUUAUGCUUGAUAGAAACUGCACCCUGUGUCUUACAGGAUGGAUGGUGUGGACUUAAAGAGACUUGUUUAUCAAAAUCAGCACUCUGUGUUCUGCUGUGGUGUUCUCUCUUUUACCAUUUACAAGAGAACACCUCCCAUCCUACACCCCCAAUCUCUGCACUAUAUAUAUAAAGACCGUCUUUGAGCAAUAAAAAAGACAGCCGGAGGUAGAAGUUGGAAGACUUUCUAUCUUUCUUUUUUUUUAAAGCACCGAUCGAUACUGCUUAUAUAAGCCUAUAUGGCGGACAUGGAAGUAUCCUUAUUUUAAUUUUUUUCAGUUAGUGUACCCCCUUACUCUUUGUGUGGGUGGUGGGAUGUCGGAAAAGCCAGACGACAAAAUGGUGAAGUUCCUGGCUCCCCCUCAGAAGAGUGGAAAUGGCCCCAGUUCUGGUUCAGAUUCGAUGGUGAGUGAGUGCCGGCCAACAGAAGUGAGACGCCGGCAUCACACCAUGGAGCGCGAUCGAUGUAACCCUGAACACCGUUUCUUGCGCCGCAGUGUCAUCAGUGAUUCCAAUGCUACAGCAUUAGCCCUCCCUUUACCCAGCAAGAUCCCCAUCCCUGCACCUCAACGGGUUCAGCUACGAGAAACCGUGCCCCAGCGGCAACUGGCUGCAGCUACUGCUCAUUUGCCGCGGGCUGAACCAAAUUUAGCUCAAAAUGAAGAGUCUGCUGGGACAGGAAGAGAACAAGGAAAAGAAAUAGCCAAGGUGGACGUAGUGCCUUCAGAGCAGGAGGCUGCCAGUGUAAAAGAUACCUAUGAUGGAGAAGUGGUGGUAGCAGCCCGCUCUGCACCGGGCUUAGGAACAGAAUUGCCAAGUCGGACUGAACCUGAAAGCACCACUGAGGCGAAGGUACAUCAUGAAGAAGAGGGGGAAGAAGAAGAUAAGGACGUUGCUAAGGCACGAGCAGAGGCUGAGCAGAGAGAAGCUGAGAAAAAAGUGCAGGACGACAUUGAAGAGGCAGAGACCAAAGCAGUGGGAACAUCACCAGAUGGGCGUUUCUUAAAGUUUGAUAUAGAAAUCGGACGUGGCUCCUUCAAGACUGUCUACAAGGGCUUGGACACUGAGACCACAGUGGAGGUGGCUUGGUGUGAGCUGCAGGAUCGUAAGCUGUCAAAGACGGAGCGGCAGCGCUUUAAGGAGGAAGCGGGGAUGUUAAAGGGACUACAGCAUCCCAACAUUGUCCGCUUUUACGACUCCUGGGAGGGACCCUCCAAAGGCAGGAAGUGCAUUGUGCUGGUCACUGAACUCAUGACUUCUGGCACACUCAAAACAUAUCUGAAGCGGUUCAAGGUGAUGAAAAUUAAAGUGCUGCGGAGCUGGUGUAGACAAAUCCUCAAGGGGCUCCACUUCCUUCACACUCGGGCUCCCCCCAUCAUCCACAGGGACCUCAAGUGCGACAAUAUUUUCAUCACAGGCCCAACAGGAUCCGUCAAGAUUGGAGAUUUGGGACUGGCCACACUGAAGCGCGCAUCAUUUGCGAAGAGUGUUAUAGGUACCCCUGAGUUCAUGGCGCCUGAGAUGUAUGAGGAGAAGUACGACGAGUCAGUGGAUGUGUAUGCCUUUGGAAUGUGCAUGCUGGAGAUGGCCACCUCAGAGUACCCUUACUCAGAGUGCCAGAAUGCUGCACAGAUCUACCGCAGAGUUACCAGCGGGGUGAAGCCGGGCAGCUUCGACAAGGUAGCCAUUCCUGAAGUGAAGGAGAUCAUCGAGGGAUGUAUUCGCCAGAACAAGGACGAGAGGUACUCGAUCAAGGACCUUCUGAACCACGCCUUCUUCCAGGAGGACACGGGGGUGCGUGUGGAGUUGGCGGAAGAAGACGAUGGAGAGAUGGAGGCGAUUAAGCUGUGGCUGAGAAUUGAGGAUGUCAAGAAACUGAAGGGGAAGUACAAAGACAACGAAGCUAUCGAGUUUUCCUUUGACCUCAACAAAGACGUCCCGGAGGAUGUGGCUCAGGAAAUGGUGGAGUCUGGUUACGUCUGUGAAGGUGACCACAAGACCAUCGCGAAGGCCAUAAAGGACAGAGUGUCUCUAAUCAGUCGCAAGAGAGCACAGCGGCAGCAGGUCCGAGAAGCUCAGGAGAAGAGAAGGCUAGAAGAAGAACAGCAGAGUCAGUUACCUCCAGCACAGCAACCGGGCCAACAGUCGAGCACCGAGGUGCCUCAGUCCCAGCCGGUGCCACAGUCUGCUCCGUAUGUCCCUCAACAACCAAACCAACAUAUGUCUGCCCAACCUGCAUCUCAGCAGAGCCUUCAGAGCUCCAACUAUAGCACUCCACAAUCAACCCAACUGGCUGCCAUGGCACAGGGUGUCCCUUAUAUCCCCCAGUCAACUGGGCAAGUCCCAGUACCGGUCCCAGUUCAGGGUCAGAGCGUGGCCACCAUCCAGCCAGAGUCAGAGGAGCCUGAGACGGACCAACAGCUACAGCACACUGGAGCCGGUCACAUGGCAGACAGACUACCUGGUCCCACCGUCCCUCCCGAUGUCCAGCCUCCUCAGUCUGGAAUAUCCUACAGCUCCCCUCCCAGUCAGCACCUUCAGCCCCAGGUGUCUCUCCCACAGACACAAAACGACCCGUCAGUGGUUCAACCCCAGAUUCAAGGUGUGCAGCCUGAAGUUGUUCUUGUUGCUUCCAGCAGCCAGUCUGCUCCAGUGGCACCUCAACAGUACGGAGUUUACUACCAACCAUCGCUUCCCACUCAGAUUCCCACCCAGCAGGUGAUGAUACCUCCGUCCUCUCAGCAACAGCCAGAGAGCAGCACUACUCCUCAGAGCUCCACUCUACCACCGGCCCAGACCGGAGCUCUACAGUCUUGGGCUAAUGACCCAAGUCCUCCUAUCCUGUCACCUCCACUCAACGCAGAGCACCUUUACUUCCUCUAUCAGGCCUCAUGCCUCUCUGUUCUGCAGGCCCCUGUCAGCGUUCCUCAGUCAACACCCGCGGAGCAGCCGGGGUCUUCUGCUCUGGUGCCGCCGUCUGUAGAAAGCUGCCUGUCAGAUGCAGCUUCAGGUCUCAGUGACGGCAACGACGGAAGUUCAGGAGGUCGCCACGAGGGGCGCUCACUGAAACGUCACCAGCGGCGAUCUGUACGCAGCCGAUCCCGCCACGAGAAGACUGCAAAGGCCAAGCUGAAUGUUCUCAGUAUCUCUAAUGUGGGAGACAGAGUAGCUGAGUGCCAGCUGGAAACACACAACAGGAAGAUGGUGACCUUCAAAUUUGACCUUGAUGGUGAUAAUCCGGAGGAGAUUGCACAGAUCAUGGUUGAGAGUGAGUUCAUCUUGGAGAGUGAGCGGGAGUCCUUCAUCGAGCAGGUCCGUGAAGUCAUAGAAAUGGCUGAUGAGAAAGGAGAUGGCAUGAAGGAAGGCUUUCCUCAGAUGAGUGAUCACCAACAGCAGCCUCAGCUGUCUAUUCCCAUGCUGCCAGGUAUCUCCCCGAGCACUACGGCCCAGGUGGUGCACUCAGCAGGACGCCGGUUCAUAGUCAGCCCGGUGCCGGAGUCUCGUCUUAAAGAACAGUUCUUUGGCGCUUCUUCUGCUAACACCUCCUUUGGAGACGAGUCAGUUCCAUUGGGUCUUUCUCUGUCCGCUCCAUCUGGGAUUCUCCAGCAGGCUUUCAGUAAAAUGAAGCAGGCUCGUGUAGAGCGAUGCAACACCAUCGAUCCUCCUGCUGCUGAACCAGAACCAGGCACCGUCCCGGCCACAGAGGCGGGACUCGGCCCAAACUCUAACAACAUCCUGGUUCCUCCAGAAGCCGUAGCUUCCACUGCUAGCGCUACUUUUCCUGGCGUGCCUCUUGCAUCGACUGCAACGCCCUCGCCACCUCCCUCCACUGGGAGGGUUUCCCCCCCGCCUGUAACCACUCAGUCCCAGACUGCAGCUCCCGUCAGCAGCGAUCCCAGUCCACCUCCUCAGUCCUCCCAUGAAGCCGCCCCCUCACAGCUUCCACCAGCUGCCAACAUCCCACCCACAUCCUCCACCGGUUCUCCUCCAUCAGUGCAGACCUCCGUCCCUGCAGUACCUGGGCCUCAGCAGAGCAGCGGUUCUGUCUCUGUCCCUUCUGUUGCUAGUGGUACAUCCAGUGGUACCGGUACUGUCCCUGCUUCAGAGCAGCAGCCUUUCAAUGGUGCGGUCCCGUCCUCUCAGCCUGUGAAUUCGUCCAUCCUUGCCUCCCAGUCUCAGCCCCCUCCUCCCACCUCGUUACCCGGUCAGAACCAGAACCAGAACCAGAACCAGAACCAGGCCCAGCCAGUGGAGUCAGAGGGGGCGGAGCUCCUGAACAAGACCGCUGGUAGAGAUGAUAUCCAGGCUCUGGAUAAGAAGCUACGGUCCCUCUUUAAAGAUCAGAGCUCUACCUCUGCGUCAGUGGAUCAGAACACAGGCACGUCCUCUCCUCCCACCGGGACUUCUUCUCCUCCACCUGGAGCUGCCCUGGUGCCCCCAUCUAACCUUCCCCUCACCUCCGGGGUGCAGGCAACCACCCCAGGACAGGGUAUUACCCCGGCAGGACAGACGCCUCCAUUGAAGCCCAGGGCACAGACUUUACCGACUGGCUUCGAUCAAGCUGCUACACCUCCCUCUGAACCUGUACCCCCAUUCCCUGGACCAAAUCAGGCCCAGCAGCCUCUGGGUAAUCUGGACGCCCAGUUGAGGAGAGCUCUGAGCCCAGAGACUGUUCAGGGAGGUGACAGAGUCCAGCCUCCAGCAGCAGGUUUCACACUGGGACGGUUCCAAGUCUCUGUUGCUGCUGACGGUGCGUCCAACAGCGUUCCAGAUCCCUCGAGCGUUGUUUCCUCUUCUUCCCUCACGCCGUCUUCUACCUCCUCCUCCUCCUCUUCUUCUUCCUCUUCCUCCUCCUCCUCCCCCUCAAGUCCAGAAAAUACCCUCCACCGCUCGUCCUCUCUGUCUAAAGGAGUUUGUGAAACUGACACUGUAAAUGGAGCCUCCUCUCUCUCUGCUGGUCCUGCUCAUCAGCCCACCACUGUCGGGCGCUUCCAAGUGUCCCCGAGCACCAACGCCACAUCUGGGCCAACCACUGACUCUAAAGUGGGACGUUUUUCCGUCACAGUGACUCCAGCUCCAGCAGCCGGCUCCAGUCCAACACAUAGUUCCAGUAUGCAGAACGGACCCUCAUCCUCAACGUCCGAUCCUCAUAACGCUUACACCCGUUACAGUAGUGACAAUGACGACGACUCUGAGACCGAGGACGAAGCUCUGCAGAAAGAAAUCAGCCGUCUCAGAGAAAAACAUAUGAUGGAGAUCCAGACGCUGCAGACCCGUCAGAAAGAGGAGAUAGAGACCUUGUUCACGCGGAUGGGAAAACCUCCUCCUCCUUCGGUCUGCUCCCCUGCCGUGGCGAUGGCCGGAGGUCGUCGAAGGCUCAAGAGCAAAAGCAAAAGCCACAAAUCUGCUCGCAGCAGUGGACAGCCCAGCCCCGCGCACUCAGGAUCCCCGGCCUCAGCUCAGAGUCUGCAUGGUUCAGAGUCUCCUCCAAAGCAAAGUUCCCCCUCAGAAACAGCAGCAGAGGCCUCGCAGGCCGUUAACAGGUCCUCCAUAAAGCAGCUCAGAUCCUCUCCAUCCAUGCCCAGCCUCAGUAGUUGCUCCACGGGAUCAGGUGGGACCAGCUCCACGAAUGGUUCAGGCUACUGUCAGAACCAGUCUACUUCUCUGACCCAGGCGACUGGACCCGCUCCUCCUUCCUCUCACACCCAGAAGGGCAAGGGCACCUUCACCGAUGACCUGCACCAGCUGGUGGAUAACUGGGCCCGGGACGCCAUCAGCCUGUCCCAGUGCAAGAAAGGACCCAAAACUGGAGCACCAGCACCAACUGGACACGAUAUCAUCCCUCCAGCCAACAUGGGCCGUAAAUUCUCUGCUCCAGGCUACCUCUGCCCAACCCUUCCCACGCCUUCCAGCACCACGUCCACUACGUCCACUCACCUCCCCAACCCAGCCAACCCCUCUGUCCCUCUGGGGCCUCGUAAAGGCUCUCUGGGCCCAGUUGCGUCGGGGUUUGGAUACCCCUCAGCCCCGUACAGCGCUCCUCAGUGGGCAGGACCCACGGGCACAUGCCAGGUCAGCAUGCUCAACCCCGCACAGCCACUAACGCAGUACCAGCCGCCUACGACGGCCUCGGUGUCCCUGCACCAAGGCUACCAUAUGGGAACCGCACCGGCCCCCCAGAGUUCAGUCAGCCCCGGAGGGCCCAACCUGAGGCCUACGUAGCCCAGUUGUAGCCCUGGUCCAGGCUGAGACGGAGGGCCACACAGGGCAGACAGUCGUGAACGAGAACCACUAGCUCCGUCGGCCGGUCGGCUGGCUGGAUUAAUGUGCUUUUUAUUUUUAGUUCAACUUUUAUUAUUAUGUGUUUUUUUUUCUCUGAGUAGAGUUGACCUGUGUGGUUCAAGUCCUCUCGGGCAGAACCACAUCUGCCUGGCUUAUUGGAGGGAGAGUGCAAUACACAUCCACAGCACAAGAGUGUCACACUUAGCCCGCCGUCGGCGGUGACGAGUCGGUCGGUUGUGUCUGGUGAUGUAAUGACCCGAAGGCGUAACCAACGGCAGCCAAAGAUGUCUUUAGAGAGCAGACGUUGUCAUGUUGUCAGUCCUCUGAAGAGGAGGAGGUAGGAGGGGUUCUGGUUCAGGUUCACAUCCUUACUGGUUCUGACUUUGAGCCCAGCUGGGAUCCAAGACACCACAUAGACACACGUGUGCACACACACACACACACACACACACACACACACACACACACACCUACACACACCUGACUAAACAUGAAGCUGGUUGAGUGACUUGGGAUGGUAGUAAGUUGUCUCAGAGAGCAAGGGAGUGUACAGAGAGAGGGAUGUAAGAGAGGGACAGUCGGUCUGUCCCAGAGAGGGACAGUCGGUCUGUUCCAGAGAGGGACAGUCGGUCUGUCCCAGGUGGAUGAACAGAGUGUGACUGGUUGAGUUGUUGAGUUGGGAGCAGAAAGACUUGGUAGGUUUGGAGGAGUGUACCGGACCGGGCUGCAGGAUGAAUCCAUCCCAGCGGGUUCCUGUUAGUAAAACGCAAUAAUGGCAACGAGUAGAUGAGCUGUCCCCUGUAACUGUGGCCUUAAUCCCCAAACACAUCGAAACAUUGACUGUGUACAUACUGUAGGUAUUUCUUCUUCACUAGGUUAUGAUUCCAUGUUUAGUAUAUUUAUGUCCCUGUGAGUCCGGUGACUUUGUGAUUUGAGUUGUCCAUUAAUACAGAUUUAUUAUACAGAUUUAUUUUUCACGUCUGAUAUGUAAGCCAGUGGAUCUGCCACAUAAAAAAAGCAUUGUCCUGGUGUUGACCACCACUCGCAGUGUGAAGCUUAAGAGGUGAUGCUGCUGUAAAUCACAGGGGGGGGGGUUAUGGGUGUUUUUUGUUUUAUUUUUUCACUUUUUUUUUAAUACAAGAAUGAAAUAAGAAUCCCAAAAUAGACACAACUU